CUGCGGCUCUGUUUCGAGAGUCUAAAAGUCCAAAAGUUUUGAAAAUUUUUUUGUGUGUCUUCUCUAAAAUGUCUGCCUAUCGGAAACCUCUUGGAGAUAGAAACUAUUCCUCAAAACAGAAAGGAUCGAAACCCAAGGCCAAGAAAUGUCGCUUUAACAAGGGACAGAUUAUUCUAGACUACAGAGCAUUCACAAAUGAUAUUCCCUCGGCUGUGUCUCUCUGUGAAAGUGAUCUAGAAAGUCCUACACCUGACAAAAUCGUGCAAGUAUAUCUGGGCAUUCUCAGCUGCAUACAAUCAGAGUCUGUGGAAUCUUUCAAGCAGACUGUGUUGGGCUGUUCCUUUGAUUACCCUGAGCUGAUGGAAGACAUCACCUUUCACCUGCAACUGUGCCGAGUCCUGAAGAAGCUGAUGAGUUCUAGUGGUACCCACGAUUUCGGACUGAUGGACCUCACCUUUCCAGACUCCAAACGGACCAUAACAUUCCUCGGUUCUCUAUUCAAUCUGCUUCGAUUCCAAAUGAACUUGUUUGAAGGCGAUGAAACGAUUGCAGAUGUCUCAGAAGAUAUAGACCUACUGACAGAACAGUUGGGUGAUCUUCAGAAGACCAACACAGAGGGAAGACAGACACUCAAAACAUUGGAGAUGCAGAGGGAAGAAGAGAAAGAGUUGGAGCAGGAGAUAAAACAGGCCAUUGUUGCUCAACAACAGGAGACAAACGAUCUACACGUAUUGCACGAUUCCAACGUCAACAAGUAUCACGAUUAUGAGGAGGUUUAUUCCAAAGUGGAACAGAAACAGAUGGCAAAAAACAAAAGUUCGAUCCAGUGGAAACAACGGAUUGAGGAUCUGAAGACACAAAUUGUAACCUCACCUGACAAAAUGAAGGCCUCACUGGCUCAACUGGAGAGUCAGAUUCAAGAUGCCAAGGUGGUGAAAGAAGAGACUAAAUCAUUGCUCAUCAAGUGGGAGUUCAUAUUCUCCAAUGCCCAUCACGCGCCACCGGUUUAUGAUGGGUUAAACGAAGAUCUCACUCGUCUUGCUGACAAAGUUGCCAAAAAGAGCGAGUUGGAGUCUCUUAUUGAAGCUCUUGAAGAUCAAGUGAGACAACAGAAUCAAGUACUUCGAGAGGCCACAGCCAAACAUCAGAACCUCCUGCGACACUUGAAACUCAUCGAGGAUGGGGCAAUCCACGAGGGGCAGCACAAACUACCCCACCCCAACCAUCUGGAGAGCCUUCAGCGUGAUGCUUGUAUACUGCAACAAGAGGUGGACGAGAAAAUGAGGUCCGAUUCUGACCUUGAGAAGGAUACCAUGAAAAUCAAUGCACAGAUUGCAGCUGUACAAGAGACGUGUCAAAAAGACUGUGACCAACUACAGACUGAUUGCAACAACCUUGACAGAGCUCUCAAGUCUCAUAUGGAGAAAUACUUUGUAUAUGCCAAGACUAUCACUGGAGAGCCGUCUGCAGUUAGUAGGUGACCCAAGCACUGGGGCUGCUGUCUCACAUCUCACACUACUCUAGGACUAGUACAUUUAGCUAACUAAAACUCAUUUGCAAUACAAACUAUUUUUAUUAUGUUGGUACUGUGUACAAGCCAGAGUAUCAGGUAUAAUACCAUAAUUUAUAGUAUCUAUGUA